ACAUUGGCUUAUGUGAAUUUCAUUUCUGUGUUUAUAAAUUAUAAACACAAAAUAAAUAUCAUUUAAAAAAAGUGCUCGAGUUUUGUUUUUUUUUUUGUUUACUGAUGUUAAGUACAUAUAAAAAAAAAUAUCUGCAUUGUGUUUUCACUGUAGUGUGCAGUUUUACUAUGAAAAUAUAUAUAUAUAUUUAUAUAUAUACAUAUAUGUAGAAGACGUGGUGAAAUCAUUGCAAGAUAUUUUGUGCUCAUAAUAACUUUAUGUUUGUUGAAAUGGCCACCGCGUUAUUGGCAGACUGUAGCAAUAGUUUAAGAGAAUCAACAACUAGUUCAUCCAGCGAUAUGUUAACGUUAACUACGUCGGCGUCGUCGUGGUGCGCAUUUUCCGUUUCGUCGCGUAUACGUACGGUACGUUUAAUUAGACCACAUAUGCGACGUAUUUUAGUGGUUCCGGGUACGACACCGACCUUUGGAUUUACUGUACGUGGCGGCAAAGAGUUUGGUACCGGCUUCUUUGUUUCCAGCGUGGAUAGGAACAGCGAGGCAGAACAGAAAGGCUUAAAAAUUGGUGAUCAAAUAUUAUGCGUUAACGGUUUUAAAAUCGAUGACGCUAUACACAAAGAAUUUAUGCAGCUCGUACUUAGACAAGACCGAUUAGUGUUGAAAGUGCGCAGUUUGGGAAUGUUGCCAGUUAAGCAAAGGGAAAACUCUGAAUUGUAUUGGAAUGGUGUUAAGACGCCUGCGGUGUAUAAUGCAACACAUCCGGAAAAUUCAUAUCAAUCGUCACUUAAACGCGAUAAGCGCAUUUUAAGUGAGCGCGAGGUACAUAUUGUGCUGAAUGUGGCACCAAAAACUAAGCUUGGUUUAGGGAUAUGCAAAGGCCCCGAGUGGAAGCCGGGUAUUUUUGUGCAAUUCACAAAAGAAAAAAGUGUCGCUAGAGAUGCGGGGUUAAAGCCAGGCGACCAAAUACUUAGUGUUAAUAGUAUUGACUUUGCCGAUGUGUUAUUUAGCGAAGCUGUCGCUGUAAUGAGAAGUUCGAACAAGCUCGACAUGAUGAUACGCACUAAAGUUGGUUGCGAUCUCUUUCCUGGUGAGUCAAGCGGCUAUAAUAGCUCAGCGAGUUCAAUAACCGGCGAUCAAAGCCCUUGUUGGGGGGAUGCGAAAUCGAAGCGUUUGAUUUCAGUUAAAGAAGAAGUCACACCCUUGACAACAACGCCCAUUAAAUCUUGGGAGAAUCUUGCACAAACCGUAGGCAAGCAGGUGCUAACAUCUGGCGCAAACGAAGAGCCAAAUGUAUACGAAACGAAAGCCGAUGGCACAGAAGUUAAUAAAACAAUAAUUAAGUUAUUAGAUAAUGGGACGUUGAUCAAUAACAAAAUGUUAGAUAACAAUCCAAACGCAAGCAUAAAUGCAAACACAAGUACUACCAAACCAUGGGACAGUGCUGCCACAAAAAAGGACGAUACACUAAAGGCACCGCCGCCGCCUCCCCCACCCCUCGCAAAUAAUGAUACCGAUAAUCGAGGACAAUUUGAAAUACAAACCGAAACGAAAUGUGAAAAAGCUAACGACGAAGAUUACAGUUGCAGGCGUUUAAAACGUAAUGGCGGUAUAGCGGCCACUAUGCAGCGAUAUCAAAACCUAAGAAACACAAAUACGAAUAUACCGUCACCGUUGCCAACCUUGCAAAAAGUUAUUCAUAAAUUCCAAACCACCAGCACUAGUACUAGCGAAACGAAAUCGGGCUUAUCCAGUCUCUCAAAUGCCAUCUCUGAGGAAUUGAAGAAACGUAAGGCGAAGCAACAAACAUGCCAACCGAAUGAGACCGUCUCAUCUACCGAGUUAUCUAAAAGCAAUCUUUGCAAUCGACCUUGCAACAUUAAUCCUAUGCCUAGUACGGAAACAGCGCUUAAUAUUACGCAUCAUAUUAAUGGGUAUCAACACAGUGCUUUCAUCAAUGAGUUUAAGGAGGCGCACAAGAGAAUGUUUAAAAAUGGAUUUAAAGAGAAUGAUACAUCGAAAACCGAGAGUGGUCAAGAAGGCGUCAUUACUUCGGUUAACACAAUUUCAAAGCAGCCCCAAAGGAUUUCGACUAAAAUUAGCAAUAAUCAUUUCUCCUCUGAGCUUUCGAACAAUCCCCUUAGAGCUGAAUACAACAACUCAGAAAGAUACCCUUUUAAUAGAGAAAAAUGUAAUGAAUCAUCGUCGACGGGUAAUGAUGGUAAACUAGUUCGACAACAACAGCAACAACAACAACAACAACUUCAUAAAAUAAGUCAUAAUAUUCAACAUUAUGAACCGUCCUUAAAUAAUAUUAAAUCAGUAGAGAAUCAAAAGGCCAUGCGAACGCAUAUGAAGCAUGUUAGCGAUUAUGAGAAUCAAACAAUUCAACAGAUAAUGGGGAGAAGAGAAAUCGCACGAGACGAAGUGUGCCAUUUUAAAGUCGAAACGUUAAAGGACUCGCAAAUUGAAAAACGAAAUCACAAUUAUCAACAUGAAAAAAGUCAGGAAAACUGCAAAGAGAUUGAUGUCAACAACAAACAACAACGAAACAAAUUGGAAAAUUCGCCGCCAUUGUACGCAGCUAUAAAGAAAAGCAACUAUCCGGUGGAUUUGUCAAGUGGACCGGGAAUUUUAAAAAACGGCAAUCGUCUCAACACCAGCAAUAAUACUACGGCCAAACCCUUAGAGAAGUCCAUCAAAUUUGUUUAGGUUCCCAGCAGUAAUUCGUUGUUCUAUAUACAAUUUAUUCUCUAAUAUGUGCAAUAA